AUGCAAUGCAAUUGUACUAAAAUUGUAGGUUUGAUUUAGAUUUUUUGUUAGAUUAAGAUUAGAUUAGAAUUGCAAUUGAAUUAGAAUCAGUGAAUCAGUAUUGGACUUCCGUCCGGUUUUCCGGUUCAGUGGUUCAGAAACACAGAGACCAGAGACUGUUCAAAGGAAAGAUCAUCAGCAUCAGCGAUCAGCGUAGCGUGGCAGACCCACACCCAGUAGCCUUCCUAAAUCCUACUAAAUCGUAAUAGAAUAGGCCUAUUGAGUGACAGACAGAGGCAAUGAAUGAAAUGCCGGUAAAUAUAAGAGAUAUAAAAAUAAGAGAUGUGCCGGUAAGCUUCCCAUUUAAACCAUACGAACUUCAGGAAGAUUUCAUGUCAAAAGUUAUAGAAUGUCUUCAAAAGGGUGUGAAUGGGGUGUUGGAGAGUCCAACCGGAACAGGAAAGACUCUAAGCUUACUGUGCUCGUCUCUCGCUUGGCUCCAAUUAAAGAAGGCUCAAGUCUUACAGUCGGAACUUAACAAAUCCAAUGCAACUAAGGAGUCUGGUGAAUCAUCACGGGGUGACAACCGGAGUAGGACCAAGAUAAUCUAUGCGUCUCGGACUCAUUCACAACUCGCUCAGGCUAUGAAGGAGCUGAAGCGUACCAGCUACAGACACAUGAAGUCAGCCGUGCUCGGCUCACGAGACCAGUUGUGUCUGCACCCUGACCUCGCCGGAGAGAAUGGAUCGAUGAAGGUGGCCAUGUGUCGAAAGAAAAUUAGCGCUCGUUCUUGUCACUACUACAACAAUUUGGAGUCUCGGAAGCAUGACCAGAACAACUUCCCCACCGAGGUCACCGAUAUUGAGGACUUGGUGAAGUUCGGCAACGAGACGCAGUGCUGCCCCUACUACAUGUCUCGUGAAAUGAUGUCGUCUGCGGACAUUGUGUUUAUGCCGUACAACUAUCUGCUUCAUGCUCAGACGAGACGGCAACAACAACUGAUAUUGGACAACACAGUAGUUAUCCUAGACGAAGCUCACAACGUAGAGAGGAUGUGUGAAGAGUCAGCUUCUGUUCAGAUAACCAGUACGGACAUUGCUCUUUGCAUUGCGGAAGUUGAACAGAUUAUUGAGAAGAUCAAGCAAGAUCUCACCGAUUUGACGGACGAUUCGCCCAAGGCAUUCUCGUUGGAAGACUUGCGUGGUCUGAAGGCGAUGUUCCUCUCGUUGGAAAAUGCUGUUGACGCAGUAGAAUUCGAAACAGUGAAAUAUGGAAAAGACAAAGGGCAGAAGAUGGGGAAAACGUUCCCUGCCUCUUAUAUAUUUGAACUGCUCGCUAAAGCCGGGAUUACCGCAGACAAGCUUUCCCUCCUGGAUACCAGUUUGUCCAACCUCGCAUUGUUCCUGACGACCACUUGCGACCCCGCUCUGACUCGUAAAGGAGAGAUCUUUCUCAAGUUUAACGAGUUCCUCGCAACGGUGUUCAGCAGUUUUGACGAAGGAGGCCCCGUUAGAAGCUCGGAUCGUUACUAUAGGGUUUACAUUGAACCUGAAGUACCCAAGAAGGGCAAUUGUGACGCAUGGUCAGACACAAAAACAGUACCAAACUCUACAGCGAAGGUCGUCAACUUUUGGUGUUUCAGUCCAGGAUUUACCAUGCGGUCUCUCCUGAAACAAGGAGUUAAAAGCGUAAUCCUCACCAGCGGGACUCUCUCCCCAACCAACGUCACCAUCGCCGAGCUCGGCAUCCCAAUUCCAGUGUAUCUGGAAAAUCCGCACAUCAUCAAACCUUCUCAGGUGUGCAUCAAUGCCCUGAGAAAAGGGCCUACUGGGGUACAACUCAUCUCGGAUUUUGCCAACAGAGAGAACCCCAAUUAUAUGGCGGAACUCGGCAGAAUUCUACACAAGAUGUGCGGAGUUGUGCCAGAUGGCAUUCUCAUGUUCUUCAACUCGUUCUCUUUAAUGCACAAGACGACCGAUCACUGGCGGGAGACGGGACUUUGGUCUCAGAUAAACGUUGAGAAGAAAAUAUUUGUUGAGCCGCAGAAACGGGAGAGCUUAGCGGAAGUAAUGAAGAAUUACUCGGAAUCCUUGGAGAUGGAGGGGUCGGGUGGCGCAGUGCUCCUGGCCGUUCUGCGAGGGAAGGUGUCCGAGGGGAUGGACUUUGCGGACUCACAGUGUCGCGCAGUUAUCAUCACAGGACUGCCGUACCCUCCGUUCAGAGAUCUGCGUGUUGUGCUUAAACGAGAGUACAUGAAGAACAUGCAAAAGAAAAUGGCUCUGUCGGAGCAUCAAUGGUACAUGGCAGAGGGUACCAAAGCAGUCAACCAGGCUGUGGGGCGACUGAUCCGGCAUAGGAGAGACUUUGGCGCACUUUUAUUGUGCGACUGUCGUUUCGAAAAAGAGAGUGUCGCCAAAGAUCUCUCCGCCUGGAUGCGGCCCCUUAUCAACAAGAGCGCAGAGUUCGGACCUGUUUACGAACGGGUGUCCGAAUUCUUUAAAGACAUGGAGGUAAAUAGAACCGGGGAGGACAUCAAAACAGCUGUGUGUGACAGCUGUCCUGAUAAACUGACGGAUUCUGAUGUUGAACCUGCUCAAAAAAAGCGCAAACUAAAGGAUCAACCGCUUGAGUUUGACUCAACGAGCUCAGAAAAUUCUGAUACAGCUUCCACCCAGCGACCGGCCAAGAGCACGGUUGAGUAUGUCCGAGAGGUUAAGAGUACACUCGAGAAAGAAGAGUUUAAAAUUUUCAAAGAAGCAGUGAAAAACUAUGGUUCUUCUAACAGUGCAAACUACGACAGUUUGGUUUUAAAUCUUCGUAAAGUAUUCUCGGAUCCGUCAAGAAAGGACUUGUUCAUUGAGUUCAAGAACUUUAUCAAGGCUGAACACGUCAGCAACUUCGAUGAUCUGUGUGUGAAACUGUUUGGUUCAUCUUCGCUAUGAUUAGUGUUGCGAUUCCUAAACUCGACUGAUCUCUGUGAUAACUUCAUGCUGUGUUGUUUAUUCUGACUUUGUGAUAAGUCUCACGUCUGUAAUAUGUUAAGUUUUGUGUUUUGUGUUAUAUUCGACUCAGGUACCUGAGUGAAAAUUUAAAAACGUACGUUUUCAUGUCCCUGGCCUUUUACUUCGUAGAUACUGGAUUUGUAGUUUAUUAUUAUGUGUUUUUAUAUUUUUUGGAACGGGGGCAACAUGUUACACACAUUUAUUUAGUUUUAAAUAGGUUCUAGGUAUUUUUUUUCGAAUUUUUUAAGUCUCGAAAUUCACGACCAUGACGUGUCCCUAGGGUACAUUUUCCAACUUUCACGCUGUUUUAAGACUAAUUAUUCAUGCCAAAAUAUAUAAAGCCAUAUUUUUAUGUCAUCAAUGGUUAUUAAACUUACAAAAAAGGAGAAUAUUACAAUUUUAUUGUCAUUGCAAACUGACUUCCGUGACAAAAUAAGUCUGUCCCUCGAUUUGGUGUCACGACCAUUUGGGAAAAAUUUUCAACUUUGGAGCACGACAGUGGCAAGCCUGGCGUUGAUGGAGUCAGUUAGUUUUAGAGACUAGUUCGGGGUGUACGUCAGGAUUGUAGUGCCGGUCGUUUCGAGUUGAAAGGCGGAAUAACAAGAUUAAUAAAGGAAAGAUUGUGUUUUUUGUAAUUUUGGUGUGUCCAUGACCGUACGCAGUCAUUCGAUGAAGUAGACAUGGUGUUAAUUUUUGUUUAUAAGAUAUUUCAAUUGCUAGAUUAACCUAGAAGUCCACUUUGUAUCCUCGAACAUGAGGUGCAGGGCUACCACCAGAACAGAGCCAAAAAAUACGUAAUUUCACGACCAAAGUUUCACGACCAUUGCGGGUUUUUUCACGACCAAUCCAGCCUUAUGGAUUAUAGUGUGUUUGGUUGUGACAAUAACUUUAAUAUAAUUGUAAGUUGAACAGUUUAGUUCAAUUAAAACACCUAUUUUUAUUAUAACCAACAGUAUAAUUGAAGGAUUGUUUAGAAAGAUUUAGAUUAUUUCAGACAAUUCACGACCGUACCGCUUGUCCCUGACCAUCACGUUUAUGAUUUCUAUCAUAAAAAUUUCGAAAAUUAAAAUAUCGUCAUAUUUCAAUGUUUUAUACACAAAGGAAGCACACCUCUAUACUAACAUAACGAUUUUUCGGGUCUCAGGUAAGUUUUUUCGGAGUUAUACAAACUUAAAAAGAUUUUAUUGGCUUUUUUCAAUGUUUUGAGAUUUUUUAUUUUUUUAUAGAAAGACCAAAUAUACCAACAGCUCAGGGACCUUUUUAUUGUAUAAUGGUCAUAAAAGUAAAUUAGUUUAUAGCAAAACAUAGUUAUAAAAAUAAUAUUAACUAUUUUUAAUAUUCAUUUAAACGUCCGUUAUGGUCGUGACAGGAUUUUGUGUUUUUCCACUAAAGAUGCUCUUUUAAAAAAAACUACCAAAGAUAUUGCGUUACCAUGGACAUUUUAUGAAACUUCAAAUGUUAAUGAAAUAAAAAAACGAAUAAAAGUUUUGAAAAAAGGGGAAACAAUUUUGCAAAGUGCUUUUCCUGAAAACGUACGUUUUUAAAUUUUGACUCACCUACUUAUUUUUAUACUUUUGAUAAUGAAUUACUUUACUAACGUUACUAAUUAAUGUACAUAUUAAAUUUAUCAUAGUUGAAAUUAAGUACAUUUUUCAUCCUUUUCACAAUCCAUUAUAGUGUUUUUUAUUGCAUAGACAAAUUUUUGUUAAUUAAGUUUUGUAUUAUAUUCAACUCAGGUACCUACUUAUUUUUAUACUUUGAUAAUGAAUUACUUUACUAACGUUAUUAAUUGAUGUACAUAUUAAAUUUAUCAUGGUUGAAAUUAAGUACAUUUUUCAUCCUUUUCACAAUCCAUUUUAGUGUUUUUUAUUGCAUAGACAAAUUUUUGUUUAUAGAAAUACCAAACGCCAAAAAAAAUAGGUGUGUACCAUUUAUUUGUUCAACCAAUAACUACAGUAUGUCAUUGACUGUCCUAAUUAAAUAGAUGAAUAUGACAAAGGAUUUUGUUGAUAAGUUAUUUGUUCGGCAAUAAUGCUGGCUGUCAUGAAAUUAAUAAAUUUCAAUACAUUGAUAAAAGAAACCGCUUUGGGUGGUGGGUGCAAAUAUUUCGAUUGGAUGAGUCUACUUGUGUCGGUUUAGUCAUAAAUAAAACAUACUCAGUUUAGUCUAUAGUUCAGCCCAGAGAUUUAAUUGCAAAGAAAUGUCUACCCAAGAAACUAUAGUAGUAAUGUUAACAUGAUUUAUGAACAUGGGUAUGCUGUGGAUGGCAUUUCUCAUACUACAAACUUAAUGUUCAAUAUACAUACAUACAUAGUGUAGGUUUAAUGACUAUUAUUUAUAGUUCAGCCGCUUAGAAAACAACCUGCGCGCUAAUGCUAAACCAAUGCUGGAGGAGGUCGCUUUCUAAGCGGCCGAACUAUAGUACAAUAACUAACUUUUUAUCUCAGAAGAUAUAGCCAAUACCAUUGAGAUGAAACACAAUGACUGGAAAAAAAUUAUUACUAAAGCCACGGCUGCCUUAGGUUUGUAUAAGUAUUAAAGUAUU